UUGGAGUGUAUCUCUCUUAACUGACGGUCUUGAUUCAGUUUUAAUCCGAAGCCGCUUGGGAAGUACUAUUGUGAAAAACCGGACUGAAUUCCUUUGGUUGAAUUUUAGUUUUUUUUUUAAACUGUUUUUGUUGUUAGACUCAUAAAUAAAAUGGCAUCUUUUAUUUUUAAAAAUAGUGCUUCAGUUCUUAGGAACUACAUUCCGAAAAGUUUUAAGAAUAUACCUGGUAGUCAAGUGCGUUUGUUUCAUGUUUCCCCUUGCCUGGAGAAAGUUAUCUCAUUUAACUUAAGUGAUAUUGGUGAAGGAAUCCGGGAAGUUGUUGUCAAAGAAUGGUUUGUUAAAGUAGGAGACAGUAUUGAACAGUUUCAAAAUAUUUGUGAAGUGCAAUCUGACAAAGCAUCCGUCACAAUCACAAGUCGUUACGAUGGAAAGAUUACAAAACUCUAUCACAAGAUCGAUGAUAUUGCCCUGGUUGGGAAACCACUUGUUGACUUUGAAAUUGAAGAUGAAGAAGGCGAAACGAGUGAUUCAUCUUCCAGCACUAGCAGUGAGAACGAAGAAAAUGUCAAAGAGAAUGUUUUGAAAGAUCAAACUGACAAUGUUGGAAGAACAACUACCUUGGCUACUCCAGCUGUUCGUAGAAUCUCAAGAGAAUACAAAGUCGAUUUAACAAAGGUAUCAGGAACUGGUCGAGAUGGGCGUGUUUUAAAAGGCGAUGUAAUGGAAUAUCUCGGUCAUUUACCCCCUGGUACCAAUGUUCCUCAUCCGACAUUGGUUAACAAUAAAACUGAUUUGACGCCCAAAAUCCCUCCAGCUGAUCGUAAAGAACCUUUGAAAGGUGUCCGAAAAGCCAUGUUGAAGUCUAUGGCCGAAUCAUUGAAAAUUCCACAUUUUGCAUAUAGUGAUGAAAUUGACAUGACUAAACUAAUUGAUUUUCGGGAUCAAUUGAAAAGUGUAGCUAUUGAGCAUGGCAUUCCCAAACUUACAUUCAUGCCAUUUUUUAUAAAGGCAGCUUCAAUUGCUCUAACAAAGUUUCCAAUUAUAAAUAGCUCUCUUGAUGUUGAGAAUGAAGCUGUAAUUUAUAAGAGUGCUCAUAACAUAAGUGUUGCUAUUGGCACACCAUCGGGGCUGGUUGUACCAAAUAUCAAAAAUUGUCAAUCGAAAUCAAUUAUGGAAAUAGCUAAGGAUUUGAAUUCUCUUGUCCAGAGAGGGCGAGCAGGAUCAUUGAGUCCAGAAGACUUUAUUGAUGGAACAUUUUCGUUAUCGAACAUUGGUGUGAUAGGAGGAACGUAUACUCAUCCAUGCAUAAUGGCACCACAAGUAUCAAUUGGUGCCAUGGGAAAAACUAGACCGGUUCCCCGUUAUAAUAAAGAAGGCGAAAUUGUCAAGGCCUACAUUAUGAAUGUAAGUUGGACAGCCGAUCAUCGCGUCAUAGACGGAGUAACAAUGGCAAGUUUUUCAAAUGUUUGGAAGGAACACCUGGAGAAUCCAGCUUUAUUUUUAGCAACAAAUUAAGAUCAAUUAAGAGGUUUUAAAGUCUUGACAACGCAUUUAUACUUAUUUAAUUCAAUGUCUUCCCAAAAGGCUGUACAAUCGCAUUUAUUACAUGUUUAAGGAUUA